UAUUUAAACCAACAAGAGAGAUUAUCAGUUGAAAACCCUUUUAUUUCCCUCAAUUUCACAAAACCGCGAGCAAUUCCGAGAGCCAGCAUUUUCCCGAUCAGGCCUCGCAGAGGCGAACCUAUAGAAAUCCGGCGAGUUCCAUGCACGCGGCUGAGACGAGCAACAGAGGACGAAGAGCUCGAGUUUUCGGCGACCCAAAGCUUCAGUUUCCGUCGGCUGAAGAAAUCCGACGAGUUCCAGGCGCGGCUGACGACCGCCGUCCAUUCACGGCGAGUUGAGCACCACCGGACCAAGAGUACCAGAUUCCUGGCGUUGUUGAGAGCAUACCGGGCCACGAACGAUGAGAGCAGACAGCCGCGACGGGAGCGAGUCUCUGAGGACCAAGCAGCGACGCGGCUGACGGGCAGACUUCCAAUGGCAAGACUAGGCGCGAUUAUCGAGAGCCGACACUUCGUGGCGAGACGAGUACAACCGGGUGCGGAUAGAAGGCCUCCAUUGCGUCUGAGAGCAGGCCCUUUAGUCGCGGCAGAAGCCCAUUUUUCCGAAAAGCGGCGGCAGUCCCUUUCGGCCCGUAUGAGAGUAGCGGUAGUCGUUCGAGGCUUUAAUCGAGCAGUCGGGGUCCUCGAACUUUGGCAUCGAUUA